AAACGACGGAAAAUGAUCGCACUCGACUGCACUUGACUGGCAAGAGCGGCGCGGAUAAGCUCGUGGUCCGCGAUGUGGUUACGUGUAGUGUAAAUGUCGCAAGGCUACUACCGGCGUAAUAAUCUAUAAGUGAUAAAGCAACUUUUUGACAAACAACAUCGUGUCCAGGAGAACGUAAUGAAUUAAAACCACAAUUUGCACCAGUUUAGUCUAUUCUACAACACCAACCUCUCAGGAUGUCCGACCCGCAGCGUAAAAUACGUGUCGGGUCGCGUAAGAGCGAGCUGGCACUAAUUCAGACCAAACAUGUAAUCGCGCAAUUGAAGACGAUUCAUACAAACACCGAAUUUGAAAUAGUGACUAUGAGCACAUUAGGUGACAAGGUGCUGGAUAUUCCUUUGCCAAAAAUUGGCGAGAAGUCUCUUUUCACCAAAGAACUUGAAUCUGCCUUAGCAGAUGGAUCUGUUGACUUUGUGGUUCACUCUCUCAAAGAUUUACCUACAACUCUCCCUACUGGUAUGGCCAUCGGCGCGGUGCUCAAACGCGAAGAUCCUAGGGAUGCAUUGGUGCUACAAAAAGACCUCAAGAACUUCACACUUGCAACACUGCCCAAAGAUUCCGUUAUAGGAACUUCAAGUUUACGUAGAACUGCACAACUUGCGAAAAAAUAUCCGCACUUAAAGGUGGAAGAUAUACGAGGCAAUUUAAAUACCCGGUUGCGGAAACUCGAUGAUUUAGGAAAGUUUUCUGCGAUCAUUUUAGCCUCUGCAGGAUUACAACGUAUGGGGUGGGAUGAUAGAAUCAGUAAGGUGUUACCGUGUCAUGAAUUCCUAUAUGCAGUUGGUCAAGGUGCUUUGGCAGUCGAAUGCAGGGCGAAUGAUAAUUUUAUUAUUAGUCUACUGCGUCCUCUCUACGAUUAUGAGACUGGUAUUAGAGUAAUUGCUGAGCGGACAUUCCUAAGGACUCUAGGUGGCGGUUGCAGUGCUCCGGUAGCCAUAACAUCAAAAAUAGCGCAUAUUGAAGGUACGAAACAUAAACUAAGCAUGACAGGCGCAGUUUGGGCUUUGGAUGGCAGUGAAGAAGUGCUUGAAUCCAUGGAAAUCAUGCUAAAUUUAACAAAAACCAAUGAUAUUAAAGUUUGUCCGUAUAAAGAUAAAUGUAACAAUGUGUGUGUAAGGAAAGAAAAUGAAAGAAAUGGUGUUAUCGUACGCAAUGAGACAGUGAUCAAAGAAUCUGAUAAAUUAACGCCAAUUGUGAAAAGGCAAAAAACAAGCAACGAUAGCGACGAUGUCGGCAAAGAUAAUUCUAAUACUGUAAAUAUAAAUACAGUACAACCGCACACCUCGUCAGAUGAUAUUCCCUUGGAUCUGUUGAGGAAUGAUCCGCAUGAACACUGCCCGGUAACGAUUCCUGUUGGCGCUGAUUUUAUGGGCAAAUGUCCCUACCUCGAAGGGUCCAUGAACAAAUCGGAUAUUGCAAUAGAUGCCCUAGACGAGGCGAACGGCAACGGUCCUGACAUAAGUAAGUGCCCUUAUAUGAAAAACAUGACACAAGGCGAUUCCAAAACGACACCACCAAGCACAGUCUCCGAUGAUGCACAAAUUAAUACUUUCUGCGGCCUUGUUUCUCACCAAUUACUUGUAGAUGAUGUGUUACAACAAUCUGAGACUUUAGGCAAGGGGCUUGCUGAUAAAUUGAUAACAAAUGGUGCUCUCGAAAUCAUGGCGAAAGCUCAAGCGCAUAUUCGCGGCUCUGUCGCUUCCUAGCAUAUGAAACUUUCAAUUAAGUCUGUCAUUUUGUUUAAAAUGACUGUUAAAAUGGUUGGUUAGUGUUUGGUUAAUUGCAUUGUUAUGUGAACAUAAAUAAAAUGGUAUAUAUUAGUGUUUGUAGUAUUGGAUGUUAUCUUUAUAAAAAUCUUUGUAUGAAUGUUUUAUUAAAAAAAAGUUUACAAA